AUGAGGAACUACCCGGGAGGCAUGAGGAACUACCCCGGAGGCAUGAGGAACUACCCAGGAGGCAAGAGAAACUACCCCGGAGGCAUGAGAAACUACCCAGGAGGCAUGAGGAACUACCCCGGAGGCAUGAGAAACUACCCUGGAGGCAUGAGAAACUACCCCGGAGGCAUGAGGAACUACCCCGGAGGCAUGAGGAACUACCCCGGAGGCAUGAGGAACUACCCCGGAGGCAUGAGGAACUAUCCCGGAGGCAAGAGAAACUACCCAGGAGGCAAGAGAAACUACCCAGGAGGCAAGAGAAACUACCCAGGAGGCAAGAGAAACUACCCCGGAGGCAAGAGAAACUACCCCGGAGGCAAGAGAAACUACCCCGGAGGCAUGAGAAACUACCCCGGAGGCAUGAGAAACUACCCAGGAGGCAUGAGAAACUACCCAGGAAGCAAGAGAAACUACCCCGGAGGCAAGAGAAACUACCCCGGAGGCAUGAGAAACUACCCAGGAGGCAAGAGAAACUACCCAGGAGGCAAGAGAAACUACCCAGGAGGCAAGAGAAACUAUCCCAGAGGCAUGAGAAACUACCCCGGAGGCAUGAGAAACUACCCCGGAGGCAAGAGAAACUACCCCGGAGGCAUGAGAAACUACCCCGGAGGCAAGAGAAACUACCCCGGAGGCAUGAGAAACUACCCCGGAGGCAUGAGAAACUACCCCGGAGGCAAGAGAAACUACCCCAGAGGCAUGAGAAACUAUCCCAGAGGCAAGAGAAACUAUCCCAGAGGCAAGAGAAACUACCCCGGAGGCAAGAGAAACUACCCCGGAGGCAAGAGAAACUACCCCGGAGGCAAGAGAAACUACCCCGGAGGCAAGAGAAACUACCCCGGAGGCAAGAGAAACUACCCCGGAGGCAUGAGAAACUACCCCAGAGGCAUGAGAAACUAUCCCAGAGGCAAGAGAAACUACCCCAGAGGCAUGAGAAACUAUCCCAGAGGCAAGAGAAACUACCCCGGAGGCAAGAGAAACUACCCCGGAGGCAAGAGAAACUACCCCGGAGGCAUGAGAAACUACCCCAGAGGCAUGAGAAACUAUCCCAGAGGCAAGAGAAACUACCCCAGAGGCAUGAGAAACUAUCCCAGAGGCAAGAGAAACUACCCCGGAGGCAAGAGAAACUACCCCGGAGGCAAGAGAAACUACCCCGGAGGCAUGAGAAACUAUCCCAGAGGCAAGAGAAACUACCCCGGAGGCAAGAGAAACUACCCCGGAGGCAUGAGAAACUACCCCGGAGGCAAGAGAAACUACCCCGGAGGCAUGAGAAAAUACCCCGGAGGCAAGAGAAACUACCCCGGAGGCAAGAGAAACUAUCCCAGAGGCAAGAGAAACUACCCCAGAGGCAAGAGAAACUACCCCGGAGGCAUGAGAAACUAUCCCAGAGGCAUGAGAAACUACCCCGGAGGCAGGAGAAACUACCCCGGAGGCAAGAGAAACUACCCCGGAGGCAAGAGAAACUACCCCGGAGGCAUGAGAAACUACCCAGGAGGCAAGAGAAACUACCCCGGAGGCAAGAGAAACUACCCCGGAGGCAAGAGAAACGUUCCCAGAGGCAAGAGAAACUACCCCGGAGGCAAGAGAAACUAUCCCAGAGGCAAGAGAAACUAUCCCAGAGGCAUGAAAAACUACCCCGGAGGCAAGAGAAACUAUCCCAGAGGCAAGAGAAACUACCCCGGAGGCAAGAGAAACUACCCCGGAGGCAAGAGAAACUACCCCGGAGGCAUGAGAAACUACCCCGGAGGCAAGAGAAACUAUCCCAGAGGCAAGAGAAACUACCCCGGAGGCAAGAGAAACUACCCCGGAGGCAAGAGAAACUACCCCGGAGGCAUGAGAAACUACCCAGGAGGCAAGAGAAACUACCCCGGAGGCAAGAGAAACUACCCCGGAGGCAUGAGAAACUAUCCCAGAGGCAAGAGAAACUACCCCGGAGGCAAGAGAAACUACCCCGGAGGCAUGAGAAACUAUCCCAGAGGCAAGAGAAACUACCCCGGAGGCAUGAGAAACUACCCAGGAGGCAAGAGAAACUACCCCGGAGGCAAGAGAAACUACCCCAGAGGCAUGAGAAACUAUCCCAGAGGCAAGAGAAACUACCCCGGAGGCAAGAGAAACUACCCCGGAGGCAUGAGAAACUAUCCCAGAGGCAAGAGAAACUAUCCCAGAGGCAAGAGAAACUACCCCGGAGGCAUGAGAAACUACCCAGGAGGCAAGAGAAACUACCCCGGAGGCAUGAGAAACUACCCCGGAGGCAUGAGAAACUAUCCCAGAGGCAAGAGAAACUACCCCGGAGGCAAGAGAAACUACCCCGGAGGCAUGAGAAACUAUCCCAGAGGCAAGAGAAACUACCCCGGAGGCAAGAGAAACUACCCCGGAGGCAUGAGAAACUAUCCCAGAGGCAAGAGAAACUACCCCGGAGGCAUGAGAAACUAUCCCAGAGGCAAGAGAAACUAUCCCAGAGGCAAGAGAAACUACCCCGGAGGCAAGAGAAACUAUCCCAGAGGCAAGAGAAACUACCCCGGAGGCAUGAGAAACUACCCAGGAGGCAUGAGAAACCACCCCGACUAA